GAUGCCUGCCCUACGCGGCAAGCAGCGGCGGGCGCUUACCGGCAUUCACUCUUAACGCGCCCGACGCAUGGCAUUGGAGCACAGAGGCUCGGCAAGACCUAUUUUUUUCGACCACAAGAGGAAAAAUGGCAGCUGUACAGCAGCGCUUGGAAGUCCAAUAAUAUCGUGCCAAAUCAACCAAGCAUUGCUCGGUCAAGGUCAGGCUGCCUAACAAGGGCGCCGCAGCCAGCUGGAACGCCCCGCGCUUAUUGGGGCAGCGUGAGGGCGAAGCGGCAUCCAUCAUUUCGGCCUUUCCGUCGAAUACGAUUAUCAGAUAGCCGCCCUUCGUAACCGCGAUGGCGGAUGGCGGUGGUGCCUGUGCCUCUUUAUUGAUUCUUAGUGGCCUCUCCAGAAGCCGCCGAGGCGUCGACAUCGACCAUAUUGUGUUGUCUUCGUUUGGGGCUCCGGGAAGUAUGCAUACGAUGUUGUGGGGAGCAUGCUGUUGCGCCGUUUAAAAGGAGCUGAUGCGGUCUACCCCGACCCUCUUAUUGCUUUCGUAUCCCAUCAUGCACAACCCUCAAUACUUCGCGCCCUUCCAGCUUCCGCCAAAAUGACACAAGGUCCCGACAGCAACGUCGGCAACAGCCACUCCGCACUCCUGCCGCCUGGCCCAUCACCACGCCAAGGACAUGUCGACAACCCGUUCCUGCCCCGUGACGACGCCGCGCCCGUGCCUAGCCGGCCACGGCCGGAGCUGAGGAGGAGCCUGGGGGUCCUGAAAAUGCUAAUACUCGUCGGUGGCACGCUAGCCAUUUUCGCUGUCGUCGGGUUUCUCGCCUUUAUUUGGAAAAGCGCCAACGACGCGAUCGUCGAAACUUCGCCCUCCCCCUCGGCCACCGUCUGGAAGCGCCUGCUCGACUCGGGACGGCUCCUCCAGGUUAUCACCGUAUCCACGGUGCUAAUCCGCUUCGUGGCGGCCCUGCAGGUCGGGGUCGUAACCCAAAUGCUGGCGUCUUUCGUGCUCGAGCGCGGCGGGUGCUCGCUCGAGGACCUCGCGCUGCUUUCUCUUACGCGGGCCGAAACCUCUGGGCCUUUCGGAGGGGUAGCGUUUGCCAUAUGGAGGCAGCGUGGACUAGCGAACAGGGUUUUUGGGGUUUUGCUUUUUCUCCUCCUUAUUGUUUCGGGGGCGACCCAACUCAGCUCGACAAUCCUCGUUGCCGAUUUUGGCCCGGCUAAAGUCUUCGGCAACUACAACAAAUCCAACAUCAAUGUUGCUUUACAGCAUCAAGGCUCGCCGUUUUGGGGGACCGAAAAGAAAAGCUAUUGGGCGAGCCGAGCCCCUGCUUACUUCCGCUUCGCCGAAGAUCCGGGCUCGGCGAUCCAAGGGGAAGAUUAUUACGACACAGGCACCACCAUUCGCGCCUUUCUUCCAUUGGGCAGCUCCAGCCAGCGCACAGCGAUGCGCAGUUACGCCGGCGUUACGUCGGCGUUUGACGCGCGUGUUGCCUGCGUUCGCCCGCGGUUAACGGGAAUCAGUGGCAGCCUAACCAUUAACCACAUGGUUCUUAAAGGAAAUAUCUCGUGGACCGACCAACACGAAGGCGUGCAGCGCUUUUUUCACCUUGACGAUAUUAAUGCUCGCCGUACUGCAGACGCAGUACCCUUUUCCUGCGUUAUAGUUGACGCAGUUAAACCCGACUUUAACUAUCCCCAGCCGCCGGUAACCCCGAUGCCGAUCUUUAUGUGUCCCGUCGGCGAUGAAGUGGGGUUUAUAAAGAGUGUAAUGCGCCCCGAAUGGGAUUAUACAAACCGAGGAUCAGAUGGAUACUUUCUUUUUAAUUUAACGGCGCCUUUAAACCUUUGGAAGCAACGCACAACGACCCCGGAUAGCACGCCCGGCGAGUGGUUCCUUAACCAAACUGGGUUCGCCGAGUCGAACUCUUCGGGGAUAUGGCAAAGCCUCCGCUUCGACGGUUCAAACAUCGGCAUCGACAUCACCUUGUGCUUCUUUCAUCCAGACGAUAGAAAUUACCAAAUUACCGCCAACAGCACCCGCGACGGGCAGGAGCCGUCGCCGCGGUGGUGGAAUACAAGAACGGGCGAGUACGGCAGCGAAGCGGCGCGCGACUUUCUCGGCGCCACGCUGCAACGCCGCACCCCUGAAGACCGCGGCCUACUGCGCUUGCACCCACAAAGGAACUGGUCGGCAGCAAGGUCCAAAGCCGAGGAGGCGGUCCAGCCUAGGACAUUUUAUAACACUUGGUCAUCGUGGGUAAGACCCCAAUUUGGCACCAGCAUUUCUUUAAACACCGCCAAACCUUUUGGCUUUGAUGGGAUAAACGUGCCGCACCGGAGCCACGCGAGCCUUUUCCAAAACAUAAUGGCGAACACGGGCAACAACGCGGCGUUAGCGCUGCAAGCGCUUUUCACCACGCUUAUGCAGAUGGCUUAUUACGACCUCCUGGACGAUUCCUACGUUGAGCUCACCUCGACAAUGCUCUUCUCCCAAAACGUCAUCAUCCCGAACAAAUGGACCGGCUUUUUAACCUUUUGCGGGGUCUUUGCCGCCCACUUCGUCAUCAUGCUCGUGAUCACGGCCGCCUUCUUAAACACGAACAGGAUAAGCUUUUUGGGGAACGCGUGGCACGCCGUCGCGCAGGUGGUGGCGGAAGCGCCACCAAACUUGGACGUUGUAAAGUUUACGGACAAAACGGACGACCAAGUCAAAAAUAAUCUGCGCCGCAAGCCUGGUUAUCCGCCCGUUUUUAUCCGCACAUCGGCGGUGGGCGAGCAGCAGCGCAAAGGGAAGGGCGAAGAGGCGGAACAGAACGGAUAUAAGGGUUUACAGAGUGAAGACGCCGACACGCUGCGUCGGGCGCCUCUGGGAAGCACUUCUUAAGGCUUGGGCUGGCAUGCAAGCACACGACACCAACUGCAAGUGCGCAGCGGUCAGCGAACGAGGUGAAAGGAUUUUACUAGGCACGUGGUGGAAACGCUUCCUGCGCCGGCCGCGGGAAUGGAAGGACGGUUUUCUUGCCGGCAACAAGCUCGGCAAUGUGUAAGCUUUUUAGGGGUCCACGUCGUCUUGAGGACCUUCAGGCUGGUAAGCGCACAGUGCGUCCCAUUAGCUCCAAGUUUCGAAAGUGUUGUUUUCUUGUAGGGCGGCGGCGGGCGCGGACAUCGAGGGCAAGUGGCCGCGUCCAACAGCUCGUUGGUAGCUACUCCACAGCCAGAUCAGGACCUGUUCCGCGCGCAGUGGUGGACCAGAGGUCCAUCUGGCCAACCUGGUGGUUCCUCUACCUGACCGUGCUCUGGUCGAUGCAUAUCGCAUACAACCCACAGGACCCCUGUCCCGAUCAACGCUACCAGUGGCCAAGAUGCCCGCCAAGAUGCAGCUGCGGAUGGCCUUUUUGUUGGCGUGGGCCAGACCUCGAUCCAGGCUUGACGAGCGAAGCUCAAAACUCCA